AUGAAGGUUGUGAAUGUUCCACUCACUGAUAGAGGGGUUGAUCACAUGCUAUUCUCUUUUUAUCUUAAGCAUAUGAAGCCACAAUACGAAACAUGGCCGUUAAGAAAAAUAAUUGUUGUCAAGGUUAAAGGACCAAUCGAGACUGACAGAUUUCCCAACGCGAAGUUCAAAGUGGAAAGAGGAUCAGCCAGCCAGUGCUACGAAUUCACACUCGCAAACUUACCUUGUCUUAACCCUAAUGAAUGGCUCAUUCUUUACAACAUGCUGUUGAAAGAUAAAAUGAAAUACGAACCUAUCAUGUCCCACCUCUAG